UUCUGUUUAGGAACGCCCUGGCUUUGCACGUUGCAAUUCGAUCCUUCGUAAUCGUAUCCCGCGUGCUGACUCAAGAUGUCAGCACUGGUAUUUUGGAUGUCUGACAAACAAUUCAUAAAAGAACAAGAAAGUGGGACUUAGUUCGGAUAGAUGCCAUGGACCUGGAAGAGUCGUGCCGUGGAAUUCGGUUGGUGCUUCUCAGCAAUAUCGAGCGAGCUGCAAAAGCCACAUCUCGAAUUGUCCUACACAAACUAAAGAAGAGCGAGUGUUCCGUGUACGGAGGCAAAGGCAGUGAACGUGAAAAGGAGGACAUCGCUAACGCUUUUGAUACCUUGAAAAUGUCCAGAAUAAUAGAAGAAGCGGUGAAAACCACAGCGGAGAUCGCGAUGUCCGAGCUGGAGGAAUUCGUCACGAAGCGAUUUGCCGAAUUUGAAAAAGAAAGGGAAGACUUGAAUCAGCAGGUGGAUAAACUCACAAGUGAACUUGAAACUCUGCGAGCUGCCGUGACACAUAAAGCCUUACAUUCAAACAGAGAAACCAACGUUACUGUCGCCGAGGACUGGCAGACAGUGCAGCAGCAGUCGCCGGACACGUUGUGCGACUCCAGCCUCCAACCCACCGAAUACAAUCGGGACUCGAAUGAGCCGGACUCUCAUACUGGUGCAUCUUCUGAACGCUUGGGUUUAUUUGACACCCUCAAAGAAAUAAAGCUGGGUAUAAGGAGUGGCAGGAACGGAGAUGCAGAAGUUCCUGAAGUCUCUUUCCGUGUAGCAGAGGGUAUGGAUUACUUUGGCCUGCAAUUGUUAAAUGUGUGCAGCAUGAACAUGCCAGAAGCGUCAGACAUCGACCUCUCACAUACUGAAGAUGUAACCUCCGUGGAUGUUUCUGACACCCACGGGGACCAUUCUCUGCCUUCCACUGACGGUAUGGUGCAGGCCCACACCAAUGCUGAGCAGGAAAUCUCUGAAGUGGAUCUCCAUCCCACUGCAGCAAAGUGUUCAUUAGAAGAUUCAGGAGCUCCUGAAGUCACUUUCCAAGCAGCAGAGGGUAUGGAUUACUUUGGCCUGCAGCUGUUGGAUGUGUGCAGCAUGAAUGUACCAGAAGCCUCUGAAACUGACCUCACACGUACUGAACAUGAAAGCUCUGAUGAUAUUUUUGAUACACAAAGGGACAAUUCUCUGGUUUCCUAUAAUGGUAUGGUGCAGCCCCACUCCAGUUUUGACCAGGUGAUCUCUGAAGUGAAACUCCAUCCCACUGCUGCAGAGUGUUCAUUACAACAUUUAGGUAUUCAAAAAAAUAUAGAUAAGGAACAUGCGAAAAAACAAUUACACCUACGUGUCAAACGUGAGAAAGAGUUUGAGUACAUUUCAAACCUCACAAAACAUCGGAGAACUCGCAUUAAAAGGAUGGAAAAAGACAGAAAACACCAGUGUGUGGAAUGUGGAAAAACGUGCAGCCGGCUUGUGAACCUUAAGCAGCACCAGAAAAUUCACAGAAAAUCUAAACGACGUUGAUGAACACAGUUUGGAAAGUCUUGUAUUCCAGAUGUUUGUUGAACUACAAGUAACUGCCUAUAGGAGGGAAAAAGCCUGUACUGUUGAGAGGGAUGCAGAAUGGCUUACAACCUUUGAGAAAAUGUGGAAAGGUUUUUCAGAUUGCUACACAGUUUGAAUUCCACAAGCAAAAAAACAAAGAAAUUUCUAGAUUGUAGAGCUGGCAUACCAUCUCCUUGUUAAAUACGUUUGACCAAGUUGUUUUUUCACUGUAUUUGGUGUCAUUUCAAGUGUUAGUUUUAUUGUAAUAAAUAUGCAUUGUUAUUAUGGCCUAGUAUGGUUGGAGCUGUCGCUUUGAACUGUUUUAUGGAGGGCGUUGCUACAUUUCCUGUCAUAAAGAAGUUAAUAUGUUUACUAUUAUUAAAACAUUUUUUAUUUACAAGAAAGAUUAAAAUGUUAAAUGAAUUCUAAAAUAAAAAAGGAUGUUGAUUUUCGUAA